CGUCUUAGAAUCUGCUUAAACCCACCCAAUAUCUUCUCUCUACAACCUCUCUAGCAGGGACAGAGUUUAAACCUCACGAAGAGACCCGGACAGCUUUUUCUCCAUUCCCCAUUUCUUUCUAUUUCUCUCCGUUUUAUUGGACAUUGAUAAAAAACGAUGCGCCUCAUCCAGAACAUGACGACCAUCGCGGAGUACACGGCUCCUGAAUACUCCGGCCAGAACCGGGUCAUGAAAAUAGCUGUUAUCGGAGGCAGCGGAGUCGGGAAAACAGCGCUCGUGGUGAGAUUCCUGACGAGGCGCUUCAUAGGAGACUACGAGAGAAAUGCUGGUAAUCUGUACUCCAGAGAAGUCCAGGUGGAUGGAGAACAAGUCACCAUCCAGGUCCAGGACACUCCCGGAGCAGAGAUGACUGAUAAUGGUAUCAGCCUCCCUGACCAUGUGACCUGGUCCAUCCAGUGGGCCGACGCCGUGGUGCUGGUGUACUCGGUCACAGACAGCCGCAGCUUCGAUCUGAUCCAACACUUGCAUCAGCUGGUGGCUCGUACCGGCGGCGCCAACGUCCCCCCGGUGAUCCUGCUGGCGAACAAGGCCGACCUGCUGCACCUGCGGCACGUGGACCCCCAGCAGGGGCCCGCGUUGGCGGGGACUCUAGGCUGCUCCUUCUACGAGGUGUCUGCCAGCGAGGACUACAACCAGGUGCACGGGGCUUUCCACAGGCUGUGCUGCCAGCUGGCCAAGCACCCGCCACCCCCGUCCGGCGCACCACACCCCUCCGCCAGCGCUGCCACGGAGAAGAGGCGCUCGCCCCUCAUCCCACGGCCCAAAUCUCCUAAUAUGCAAGAUCUGAAGAGGCGCUUCAAGCAGGCGCUGUCGGCCAAGGUUCGGACGGUCACCUCGGUGUGAGGCGACGUGGCGAAGUGGUCCAGACUGACCACAAAGAAGAUUCAAGCUUCUCCACUUGUAGCAUCCUAACUGAAGAAGACAGGUGUGAGAAGAGCAGCGGUUGCAUCUACUUGGCAGGGUGCAGAUGACUCUUUGUAAAAGGUAACACCCUGUUGGCAAACGGGAGUUUGUCAUGACAUGUGACGUGUAAAGAGAAGCUGCAACGAGCUUCAUCAUGGAUUCAGGAGAAGAAAAGACACCUAAGGAAAGGAGAGCUGACUGUGGCUGACUGAGACAAAAACUCUCGAUUAAAAAUACAAAGAAUCCUGCAAACGAAGCUCUCCUGGCAACAGCAGCGCGGGGACUUCUUAUUUUUAGCCCAUUGUGGCAGUUCUUUUUUCAGACUGCUGCUGCAUGGCUCCACUAAAUGCUGGUAUUAUACCAACCACUUCAGAGCCGUGUGUGUGUGUGUGUGUGUGUGUGUCAACAUCUGCCAAAAUCAUCACUGUGGGCAGGGGGGGUUCGGGUGGGGGUGGGGGGGAGCAGCAGACACAGGAUGUAGCAAGUGCUGGUCGUGAUCACUGAUGCACUUUAUAAAGGAAUCAUCCAAAGGGCUUGUUGUUAUUUAUUUGCUACAGCUUCACUUUG